CGCCGAGGUGCGGGAUUCCCUGCAGAGGCGGCGGUGGUGAGAAGGCUGCACCUCCGAAGCCCGCUGGGCUGUUGGGUGGUGACCCGCAGUCGGGCAGCGGCGCUGGCGGCUCCCAGAGGUUCUAGUGCCCUUAGGGUAGGCGUCGGGUGGCCCUCACCUCUGGCUUCCCCAGCAUGUGCGGGCACCCGGGGAGCAGCUGCGGGCGCCGGGCCUAGGGAUGAUCUUCCCGGUCGCCCGCUACGCAGUCCGGUGGCUGCAUCGGCCCGGAGGCCAGACCCUGCCCCCGUCCGCCAUGGAGGUGGCCUUCCGAGGCGUGCGGAAAGUACUCUGUGUGGCGGAGAAAAACGACGCGGCCAAGGGGAUCGCCGACUUGCUUUCCAACGGUCGCAUGAGGCGGAGGGAAGGACUUUCUAAAUUCAAUAAGAUCUAUGAAUUUGAUUAUCAUCUGUACGGCCAGAAUGUUACCAUGAUAAUGACUUCAGUUUCUGGACAUUUGCUGGCUGAUGAUUUCCAGAUGCGGUUUCGCAAAUGGCAGAGCUGCAAUCCCCUUGCCCUCUUUGAAGCAGAAAUUGAAAAGUACUGCCCAGAGAACUUUGUAGACAUCAAGAAAACUCUGGAACGAGAGAGUCGGCAGUGCCAGGUCCUGGUGAUCUGGACCGACUGUGACAGAGAAGGUGAAAAUAUCGGGUUUGAGGUUAUCCACGUGUGCAAGGCUGUAAAGCCCACCCUGCAGGUGCUGAGAGCCCGUUUCUCUGAGAUCACACCCCGAGCCGUUAAGACAGCCUGUGAAAACCUGACUGAGCCUGAUCAGAGAGUGAGCGACGCUGUGGACGUGAGGCGGGAGCUGGAUCUGAGGAUCGGAGCUGCCUUCACUAGGUUCCAGACUCUGAGGCUGCAAAAGAUUUUCCCCGAGGUGUUGGCAGAGCAGCUGAUCAGUUACGGCAGCUGCCAGUUCCCAACACUGGGGUUUGUGGUGGAGAGAUUUAAAGCCAUUCAGGCUUUUGUACCAGAAAUCUUCCACAAAAUUAAAGUAACCCAUGACCACAGAGAUGGCAUUGUAGAAUUUAACUGGAAAAGGCAUCGUCUCUUUAACCACACAGCUUGUCUUGUCCUCUAUCAGCUAUGCAUGGAGGAUCCCAGGGCAACCGUGGUGGAGGUCAGCUGUAAAGCAAAGAGCAAGUGGAGGCCUCAAGCUUUGGACACUGUGGAGCUUGAGAAGCUGGCUUCUCGAAAGUUGAGAAUAAAUGCUAAAGAAACCAUGAGGAUUGCUGAAAAGCUCUACACUCAAGGGUACAUCAGCUAUCCAAGAACUGAAACAAACAUUUUCCCCAAAGACUUAAACCUGACAGCACUGGUGGAACAGCAGACCUCAGAUCCACGUUGGGGGGCCUUUGCGCGGAGCAUCCUAGAGCGGGGUGCCCCCACGCCUCGUAACGGGCACAAGUCUGACCAAGCUCACCCUCCCAUCCACCCCACCAAAUACACCAGCAGCUUACAGGGAGAUGAGCAGCGACUCUACGAGUUUAUCGUUCGCCAUUUCCUGGCUUGCUGCUCCCAGGAUGCUCAGGGGCAGGAGACCACCGUGGAGAUUGACAUCGCUCAGGAACGCUUUGUGGCCCAUGGCCUCGUGAUUCUGGCCCGGAAUUAUCUGGACGUGUACCCAUACGACCGCUGGGGUGACAAGACCCUUCCUGUGUAUGAGAGAGGCUCCCGCUUUCAGCCCAGCACUGUGGAGAUGGUGGAUGGGGAGACCAGUCCCCCCCAGCUGCUCACCGAAGCCGACCUCAUUGCCCUCAUGGAAAAGCAUGGCAUUGGUACUGACGCCACCCACGCGGAGCACAUCGAGACCAUCAAAGCCCGGAUGUACGUGGGGCUUACGCCAGACAGGCGGUUUCUCCCUGGGCAUCUGGGCAUGGGACUCGUGGAAGGUUAUGACUCCAUGGGCUACGAGAUGUCUAAGCCUGACCUCCGGGCUGAGCUGGAAGCCGAUCUGAAGCUGAUCUGUGAGGGGAAGAAGGAUAAAUCUGUGGUUUUAAGGCAGCAGAUCCAGAAAUACAAGCAGGUUUUCAUUGAAGCAGUGGCUAAAGCUAAGAAGUUGGACGACGCCUUGUCCCAGUACUUUGGGGAAGGGGCAGAGGUGGCCCAGCAAGAAGCCAUCUACCCGUCGGUGCCGGAGCCUAUCAAGAAGUGCCCCCAAUGCAACAAGGACAUGGUCCUCAAGACGAAGAAGAGCGGCGGGUUCUACCUCAGCUGCACGGGUUUCCCGGAAUGUCGAUCGGCCGUAUGGUUCCCUGAGUCGGUGCUGGAGGCCAGCAGGGAUGGGAGUGUGUGUCCAGUGUGUCAGCCACACCCUGUCUACAGGUUGAAGUUGAAGUUUAAACGUGGUAGCCUUCCGCCGACCAUGCCUCUGGAAUUUGUUGGCUGCAUUGGUGGAUGUGAUGAGACCCUGAGGGAGAUCUUGGACCUAAGGUUUUCACAGGGCCCCCCCAGAGCUUGCCAGCCAGCCACCCAGCCCUCUGGCUACCUGCAGGCUAGCCAGUCCUUGAACAGAACAGACGGCCAGCACAGCCACCCCCGGCCUCCUGGCACCAAGCAGGCCAGGCCCUCGACAGCUCCGGCCCAGAACCUACCACCGCCCGCUGCUGCUGGUGAAAGCAACUCCGUGACCUGCAACUGUGGCCAGGAUGCCCUGCUGCUCACUGUCCGCAAGGAGGGUCCCAACCAGGGCCGGCAGUUCUAUAAGUGCCAUGGUGGCAGCUGCAACUUCUUCCUGUGGUCCGACAGCAGCCAUCCAGAAGCAGGAAGGACUCCUUCCUCCACAUCAGGGCCCCCAGGUGGCUCACUGGGGCGCCCACUGGGCUCAGGGAACCACCCAAGUGGGUUUGGCAGACCUGGUGCUGACCGUGAUGGUGGCACAUCCUGCCUGUGCGGCCAGCCCGCUGUCAGACUGACUGUGCAGAAGGAUGGGCCCAACAAGGGGCGUCAGUUCCACACGUGCACCAAGCCCAGAGAGCGGCAGUGUGGCUUCUUUGAGUGGGUGGACGAGAACAUGGCCCCAGGGACUUUUGGAGCCCCGCCCUGGCCAGGAGGCAGAGGAAGAAUCCAGGGACCGGAGUCCAGAAGCAAGAGAGCCCAGUCCAGCUCCUCAGACACAGGGUCCACGGCCAAGAAACCCCGGAAAUGCAGCCUUUGCCACCAGCCUGGACACACCCGCCCCUUCUGUCCUCAGUACAGAUGAGGGCAGGGCGGGGAGAAAGGACCACUUCCUCAGAUCUGCCCCUUUGGUCUCAGAAAUGAGUUGUUUUCACUAGGACCAGGUGGCCCUUCGCGGCCCUGGCGGUGCUGAGGAAAGUAGUGCCAUUGGAGUCUGGCCUGCCGGUGUGAACGAGGCAAGAUCCAGACUGCUCCCUCAAGGAGUCCAUCUGUGGGACAGUGGCCCCUGCCCGGGCCACUGCGGAGAAGUCACUGCAGCUUCU